AUGCCCGGAUCAAUUCUGUACACUAGAUUAGGUGAAAAGUUGGUUUUCAGACUAGAUGAUAAUUCUAAGAAUAAUACAGUAAUCUCAAUUUCUCCCCAUGAAACUGGUAUUAAUAUCGUGAAUUCGGCUGAAUUUCCAACCUACGGGUUAAUAAAUAGUGUUGCUGCUAUUAUUGGGGUGAUAAAACUAAAAACUAAUAGAUACGUUAUUGUUGCAGAAAAGGUGGACGUGGUUGGAACGUUGAAUGGAAAUACUAUUUAUCAUGUUAAAGAGUAUGGUAUUGUACCUGUGAAUGCCACUACUAAACCGCAUGCAGAAGAGUGCCAAUAUUUUGCUUUGUUAGAUGCUCAUUUGAAGAAUGCAGAGUUAUUCUUCUCGUACACAUAUGAUUUAACGAACUCUGCUCAAAGAAAUGAAGAUCACGGUAACACUGGAUCUUGGAAGACAGCAGAUAGCAGAUUCUUUUGGAAUCACCAUGCCACGGAAGAACUGAGGGAUCUUGCUUCUGAUAUGAAGGGAGUGGAUGACUUUAUAGUGCCUAUGAUAUAUGGUUAUGCGAAAAUUGUAGCUACUGCGUUCAAUAAUACGCCGCUAACUUUCGGUUUGAUAACCAGGAGAAGCAGACAUAGAGCUGGGACGAGGUAUUUCCGUAGAGGGAUUGAUGAAAAUGGAUAUGUAGCCAACUUCAAUGAAACUGAACAGAUCCUGUUUAUAAAUAACGUGGUCUCUGGUGAGUCACAACUUUUCUCAUUUAUACAGACGAGAGGCUCGGUUCCAGUUUACUGGGCAGAGAUUAACACGUUGAAGUACAAGCCUAUGCUAGUGUUGGGUGAGAACAGUUCUAUGGAUGCGUUUAAGAAACACUUUGAUGAACAGAAGAAAUUCUACGGUGUAAACUAUCUUGUGAAUUUGGUGAACCAAAAGGGUCAUGAACUCCCAGUGAAGGAAUCUUACGAGACUGUUGUCAACGCUACCAAUGACCCUCAAUUAAAGUACAUAUACUUCGACUUUCACCAUGAGUGUAGCAACAUGAGGUGGCACCGUAUCAACCUGUUAGUUGAGCAGUUGAAAAAAAUUGGCUGGGACAAAGAAGACUAUUUUCACAAGACCCUGCAAAAUGGUGUCACUAAAUCCAUUGUGAAGCAGCAGAAGUCUGUUUUGAGAACCAAUUGCAUGGAUUGUUUGGACAGGACUAACGUUGCACAGUCCACUUUUAGUAGUUUUGUUUUCCAACAGCAACUAGAGGACUCCGGUUUGAUUUCGCAACCAAACUUCUGGCAGUUUGACCAGGCUUUGCUCUCUAAAUUCCAAAACCUAUGGGCUGAUAACGCAGAUUAUGUGAGCAGUGCUUAUUCAGGAACUAGAGCAUUGAAGACUGAUUUCACUAGAACCGGCAAACGUACUUACAUGGGAGCUUUCCAAGAUCUGGUUAACUCUAUAUCAAGAUAUUAUCGUAACAACUUUAUUGAUGGUGCAAGGCAGGACAACUAUGAUCUGUUUUUGGGAGUUUUCAAGCCUUACGGGACUGUUUUAGAAUCUCCAUUCAGCGAUAAACGUCCUAUGAUGAUCCAAAUGGCUCCUACAGUUCUUUAUGCUGCCCUCACUGUGAUGGUUGCCACAAUAGUAUUUCCAAAAGGUAGCUUUCUCAGUUCGAAGAACUUAGGCUUUUUUCUCGGCUCUUCCGUUAUUUUAGCUGUAACUCUACGUUUUAUCUUUCAGAACGGUAUGCAGUACGUGAGUUGGCCAAAAUUAACUGACUUAGGCUUCGUUGUUGCUAUACAAUCUCAUAAUAAAGAGCAGGUUUUCAGCGGGAUCACUUACGCACCAAGUCCAAGGUUUGUAAGUCCAAAUGUUUUGAAAAGAGACUAG